GAAAGUGUCACGUGACGAAUUCAGUCAAUGGACCUCAAUGGAAUAGGGAUAAACUUACGACCUAUCGAAAGAGCCUGAUCCCUUCAUGUGAGGAAGGCAGGCCUCACAUGCUCGGCGUGUAGGUAGGGAGCAGCUUCCUGACAAAGUGGUAUACUCCUCCCUUCUGAGUAUAGGCUGGUGCCAAGCCCAGACGUGUUACCUUCUGGUAUACCCGCUGAGACCAGUGGAAGCUAUGUGUACAGCCCUUCACAUCGGUGUUGGGAAAUACUUCCCGGACUGCUUGCCAUGCCGCAGCUUCAAAAUAUAAAAGGACAACCUGGCCCUCCCCCAUGGUGCAAGGCCAGACUAGCAGCCCCAGUGUGGAUAAGUCAUGAAAGAAGCGACUCACACAGAAAGAUGUGCAACAUGCUCAGAGGAACGCUUGUGGAGUAGCAGUGUUUCUGCUUUAUUUUGACAUGAACAUUUUCUUUCUGAGUGCAGUACUGCAGAUUGGCAGGACAGUCUUCUGGUAUAUAGAGGUGUCGUUAAUUGUCGUGCUAGUAUUCAGUAUUGUCUCCGAUGUGUUCAAAUGCCUCUCGUACUAUGUCUUCAACAACAAACUGGAAGUCACUCAGAUACAGAAGCGACUCCUUGGGGUCAAGGACAAUGCGCCAUCUGACAAGAUGACAGACUUACAGUCCCUGUCAGUGUACCUAAAGGAGCAAGAUGAGAAAGGCUACAAGGCAGCUCUCGGUUGCCAGGACAUGUCGCUGAACAGUUCAUCAUUCUGGAGUUAUGGCCGUCCAAGCCUGGACCUGAGCCACGUGUUCCGUAAUAACCAGUUCCAGCUCGCCAGUCAAUCCCAACAGAGCCAUAAGUCGUGGACGAAUGAUAGCGAUAAUUUGGGAGAAGAGGUCUGGAGGCCUCUGGGAGUGACAGAUGACGACCUGUUCCUCUGGAUUGAGCGCCUCAGAAAGAGUUGGGAAGUGAUGGGUGUGUCAGCGAGUUCUUGUGGAAUCGAGGUGGUGGUGGGGGCCAGUAUGGGAAACCAUGGAGCGAACAUUUGCCCACAGAUACUCAGUUUGUGAUGCACAUGUUCUGCACAUACCUGGCUUCCCCGGGCCUAAGGUACCCCAAUGGCCACUUCCUCAAGACUCCAGAUAAACCUAACCUGGAGAAGGAAAACUUACUUCUAUACCAGACCAGCAUUAACCCACCACAUUUCCAAGUGGUCAUUAGAGACACUGUGUUCAACCUGCCCAAGAUACACUGUGUUGUGUGUGGAUAAGAAAUGCAGAGUGGUACCACCAGUCACCUUAGCCACCAUUCCCCUCACAGACAAAAGGCUCCUUCGGACAAUCCCUGCAGUCUACAUAAAGCUUUCAAUUGUAGCCCUACGAACUUCAGGUAAGCAAUAAAUCUGGGCUUCAGGAUAUCUAUGAACUAGCUUUAAGUUCAUACUUGAUUUGAGCAAAACUUGAGUCUUUCAAUGAAAUCACAACUGCGACACCUUUGGAGACUAGCUACAAAUUAAGGAACCAUUAUGUGUAGAAAUCCUUUUGGGUGAUUUAAAAUCGGAUAGGUAAAUUGGAUUCUUAUAGUUUAUAAGAGGCCAUGUGGACCUUUCAUUCUUUACUUGGGUAAAGAACGCAUGGAUGAUUUCCUGGAUAUGGACAAGACCCACUCCCUGCAGGAAUUCAGCAGAAUAGAGCAGUAUUGAAAAACAAGAACAAAACUUUUUUAUGAACACAAAAAACCUUUGUUAGAAUAACAGAGGAAAAAAGCAGCAAUGACGAUAAACUGAAGUGAUUGGAGUUUCACCACGAUAUGAUACCAUAAACAGUCAUCAAGUCGGUCGGUCUUGCAGGUGGUCUGUGCAAAAGUGCAAAAAGUUUGUGCGCAAACCAAACUACUUAGACUUAAGUUUUCAAGAUUCUGUCUUUGAACUUUAAACAUAUGUUUGCAUGAAGUGAAGAUGUAUUUGACAUAUUUAUGAUAUGGAUCAGUCCAAUAUUUGAUAGAGCGGGGAAAGGAUUCUUAAAAAUCUUUUGAUGCAAACAAGUAAUCAUUUUCAAGACAAUAAUGAAUUAUAAAUAUUUAAAAGAUACAUACUGUGGAAGAACUUUUUAUACAUACUUAUUCACAUUAGUUAAUAAAAAUCUGGACUCAGUUUGAUCUGUACCUAGCAAGCAAUAAUAUGCAAAAAAAGUAACUUUAUUAUUCAUAUGAAUUUAGUCUGAUGACUUGAUUAACAGGUGUGAAAUAAAUAGCACAACAGCCACCUAUUUGUUUGACUGACCACUGUGCACACACUGUUAUAUAUAGCCAUGGGUAUUAAUGUGACCAUUAAAGCUGCACUCUCACAAAUUGACAGUUUUGACCUUUUUUGUGUCAGAAUCUUUAUACUUUCAGGAUUAGUGUGUCACUUUGUAUGUAAAUACACGUGCAAGUAUAAAACUGACAGGAAAUUUUGGAUAUUUGCUCAGUAACCACAACAUUAUGUCAUACUUGUUGUAUUCAUCAAAAGCUAAUGUAGCUUUAAAAUUUGUGUACAGUUUUCCACAGUUUGUCAACUGCAUGCUGCAUUGUUGUUACAGUUAUAGUGAAUUUCCAUAAAAUUGAGAUUGAGUUUCAAAGAGACAAAACAUAAAUCAGUCAACAAUUCAUUAAAUGGAGGUUUAUUGCAUUGAUGAGAUAUUGUUGCACCCAAAUCUAGAAUAUUUGAGCCUUAGGCCAUAAUAAUACAAAAACCUUGUCAUAUGUACACAAACAUCAUUCAAUAUAAUUAUUUUAAGAGAUUUGGUAACAUGAGUGCUUAAUUAUAACAUUGUGUCAAAGUUUGUGAAUGUUCGUUUUGGAUGUUCAGUAAAUAUUUCUAGAUCAA